GACCAAAAUGGUGUCUAUCGUGAGUAAAAACAACAGAGUCCGUUCAUUGUGGUGAGGAAGUGUGUGUGAGCUCCAUCAGAGCCUCUGUGUGUCUGGAUACACCUGUCUGAAUGGACUUUGUGCUCUUCAGCUUUUAUUCUGAAGGUCUGACCUCUGACUCAUCUCCCGGUAGCCUACAAAGCUACUGAAGUUAGCUUAGCAUGCUAGCUGGUUAGCAACACAGCUGCUAGUCAGAGUGACCGUUUGAUGGAGAGCAAACUGUGUUUCUGACGGAGUCUGAUGGAGAGCAAACUGUGUUUCUGACGGAGUCUGAUGGAGAGCAAGUUUCUGUCAUUGUGGUAAAAUGUGUAAAGUCCAGAUGCUGAGAGCGUUGGUGAAGCAGCGACUAACUGCGGCUGCUGAAGAGAUAUGUGGGCUGUUUGAAAGAACGAUAGCAGAGUACGAGGAGGAACUCUCUCGAUCAAAAGAGGAGAACGAGCGACAACAGAAACUACUGGACGCUGUUUUACACCCUCAGCUUCAGUUACACAGAGCAGACGACCAGCAGCUGUUGGUGGUUGAAGAAGAGGUUACCACUGAGCAGCAGGAGUGGUGCCUCAGUCUGGACCAGGAGGACCCAAAGCCCCCACACAUUAAAGAGGAACCAGAGGAACUCUGGACCAGUCAGGAGGGAGAGCAGCUUCAAUGGCUGCAGGAGGCUGAUAUCAAGUUCCCAUUCACUCCUGGCCAUGUGAUGAGUGAAGAAGAUGAUGAAGAGAAGCCUCAGUCCUCACAGCAUCGUCAAACACAAACUGAGAAGAACAGAGAGACAGAGCAUUUGAAAACAGAAGCUGAUGGAGAGGACUAUGGAGGACCAGAACCAGCCAGGAACUCAGAUACACAUUUACAAUCGGAUACUAGUGACGAGACUGGAGACUCUUCUGAAAGUGAGACUGAUGCCAGUGGAGAUUGGGAGGAGACCAGAGAACCUCAGUCAGGUUUAAACUUUCUGAAUAAUGAUGAAGUCAGUAAUUUGAGAUGUUUCAUUGAAAGUGGAAAUCCGAAGAGACACGUGAGAGCUCAUACAGGAGAGAAACCUUUUAGCUGCUCAGUUUGUAAGAAAUCUUUUACACAGAGUGGAAGUUUACAGAUGCACAUGAGAUUACACACAGGAGAGAAACUUUUCAGCUGCUCAGUAUGUGGUAAAGGUUUCAUCAACAAUGGAAAUCUGAAGAGACACAUGAGAACUCAUACAGGAGAAAAACCUUUCAGCUGCUCACUUUGUCAGAAAUAUUUAACACAGAGUGGAAGUUUACAGACGCACAUGAGAGUACACACAGAUGUCCAGCAGCUGUUGGUGGUUAAAGAAGAGGUUCCCCCUGAGCAGCAGGAGUGGAGCUCCAGUCUGGACCAGGAGGACCCAGAGCCCCCACACAUUAAAGAGGAACAGGAGGAACUCUGGACCAGUCAGGAGGGAGAGCAGCUUCAAUGGCUGGAGGAGGCUGAUAUCAAGUUCCCAUUCACUCCUGGCCAUGUGAAGAGUGAAGAAGAUGAUGAAGAGAAGCCUCAGUCCUCACAGCAUCACCAAAUACAAACUGAACAGAUGGAAACAGAAGCUGAUGGAGAGGACUGUGGAGGACCAGGAUCAGCCAGGAACUCAGAUCCAGAAACAUAUUUACAACCGGAUACUAAUGACAGGACUGGAGACUCUUCUGAACCUGAGACUGAUGCCAGUGGAGAUUGGAAGGAGACCAGAGAACCUCAGUCAGGUUUAAACUCUCUGAAUAAUGAUGAAGUCCCUGUCGGUGAUUUGAGAUGUUUCAUUGAAAGUGGAAAUCCGAAGAGAGACAUGAGAACUCAUACAGGGGGAGACCCGUUCAGCUGCUCCGUGUGUGAUAAAGGUUUCAUUAAAAGUGGAGAUCUGAAGAGACACAUGAGAACUCACACAGGAAAAAACCCUUUCAGCUGCUCAGUUUGUAAUCUUCUUUUUACACAGAGUAGACCUUUACGGAGACACAUGAUGACUCACACCGUAGUGAAACCUUUCAGCUGCUCAGUGUGUGGUAAAGGUUUCAUUGAAAGUGGAGAACUGAAGAGACACAUGAGAACUCACACAGGAGAGAAACCUUUCACCUGCUCAGUUUGUGAGAAAUCUUUUACACAGAGUGGAAGUUUACAGAUGCACAUGAGAAUCCACACAGGAGAGAAACCUUUCAGCUGCUCAUUUUGUGCUAAAGGUUUCAUUAAAAAUGGAGAUCUGAAGAUACACAUGAGAACUCACACAGGAGAGAAACCUUUCAGCUGCUCAGUGUGUGGUAGAUGUUUCAUUAAAAGUGGACAACUGAAGGCACACAUGAGAACUCACACAGUAGAGAAACCUUUCAGCUGCUCAGUUUGUGAUGAAAAACUUGUGCACAAGGACCAUCUGAAGUCACUUGUGAUAACUCAUACAGGAGAGAACCCUCUUUAGUUCUGUAAAUCUGACCCAUCACAUGGCACGU